UUUUGCGCUGCCGUUUUAUCCGUGUCAUAUUUGGAGUGUGGCGUACGGAAGAAGCGAACUCACAAUGAAGUAUAAAAACCAGAUGGCGAAGGCUCUGUACGACAACAUGCCCGAGUCUCCAGAGGAGCUGGCGUUUCGCAAAGGCGACAUCCUGACAGUGAUCGAACAGAACACGGGUGGCCUCGAGGGAUGGUGGCUCUGCUCCCUGCAUGGGCGCCAGGGAAUCGCGCCGGGCAACCGCCUCAAGCUUCUCAUCGGGCCCAUGUUUGAAAAUCAAGCACUGUCCAAACUCUCAUCAUCUCCUUCACCGAGUCUGGCACACCAGCAGCACAGUCCCCACACACCCCUGGGCAUGUACCAGCCCAUGCCAGGAUGCCAGGCACAGGGAAUUUAUCAGGUACCACCCAGCCAGGACGUGUACCAGGUGCCACAAAGUAGUGCGCUGGCAGCAGACGGGAUGCCCUGUAUGCAGGUGCAGACCCCGACACGAGUUGGACAGACCUACAAGUACAGCCCUGCAUCCAACAACUCUCAAGACCUAUAUGAUGUUCCUCCCAUGAGAACUCAAGGGGUGUAUGACAUCCCGGCUGGGAAAAAAAUGGGAAAGCAUGCGAGUACUCGAGGCCAAGGUGUUUAUGAUAUUCCUCCAUCACUGGACACAAAAAAUCAAGGGGUGUAUGACAUACCUCCACCAUCACAAGCGGUGUAUUCCAAACCACCUUGCAAAAGCAACACCGCCCAAGAAGAGGGGAACUAUGACUUUCCUCAGCCUCACAAGCAGAAGCUGGAGGGCAUUUAUGAUGUACCACCUCCCAGCCACACCAAAUCCACCAAAUCCAACUACGACUUUCCUCCCAGCGAUAACAACAGCGCCAUCUAUGAUGUUCCUGCUAGUCAGAUCAGUACUGGAGCGUCCCACGAUUUGUACGAUGUUCCACGAGGGAUGCAGCAGCAAACACAGUGCAGGGAGCACAAUCGCAACAAGGGCAUCUACGACAUCCCUCCCUCUGAUUCCCGUUCGCUGGCAGAGAUGACCGAUGGCAUGAACCGCCUAUCGUUCUCCAGUACAGGAAGCAGCAUGUCGACGUCGUCCUCAUCAGCCGGCUCUCCAGCAGAGGGACGUCUAACACUGGACCUUGAUUCAGCCCUACAGAAGCUCGGCCGUCUACAGCAAGGCCUGGAGUCUUCUGUCUCAUCUCUGCAAAACUUGGCCUUUUUGCCCAGCUGGAGAACUCACAGCUUUAUGGAACGCUAUGCUAAUGAAGUCCGUGCCACGAUGGAGCGAGUACGUAGCGCUCUGUCAGAAUUUCUCGCUUUUGGAAAAGGGGCUGCAGUGAAUGCAACUGCCCUGUCUGACCCGGCUCUGCAUUCAAAACUGAAAAAGCAGCUGCAAAGGCUGGAGGACUCACAGCAGAUCUUGCACCAGAGCCUGGAAAACGGUUCCUGGGUCUUCACAGGCAACCGACAGCAAGGCAAAAGCGAUGAGCUUGAGCGCUUCGUGAUGAUGGCACGAACUCUGCCCGAUGACGCCAAGCAGCUGGUAUCUACGAUAGGGGUCAAUGCGGAGCUGCUGUUCCAGAAGGUGCCUAUAGAGGGGGUUGUUCAUCCUUUCACUUGCACUCAAAUAGAGGAAGAGAGCUACUGUGGCAAGACCAAACCUUUCCCUGUGGUUCAGGACAGCGAGCAGUGUGUAAAGAGCUGGAUGGAGGAUUACGAUUAUGUCCACUUACAGGGUAAAGAAGACUUUGAGCGUCAUCAGAAGGAGCUGUUAGAAAAGGAGAAUGUUGUGAAACAGAACAAGCUCCAGCUGGGACAGGAACAGCUGAAUCAGCUUAAGCAGCUGGAGCAGGAGGUUAUCAAACCAGUGGAGAACGACAUGACGCAGUGGAUCUCCCAUCAGCACUCUACAGGUUCUUCCUCCCCGUCUGACUCCUCCAUGUCCUCGGCAGGGGGUGGGGCUCAUCUGUGUGGACGUGAUCGGCAGCUGCUGGCCUUCUAUGGCGAGCAGUGCGAGCAGCACUUUGUGACUCUGCUGAACGCAGUGGACGCCUUUUUCGGCUGCGUAGCGGCCGGCCAGCCUCCGCGUAUCUUCGUCGCUCACGCUAAAUUCGUCAUCCUCAGUGCUCAUAAGCUGGUGUUUAUAGGAGACACUCUGUCCAGACAGGCUUCCAUGCCGGACGUAGCCAAUCGGGUGAUGGACUCCAGCAACGUACUCUGCGAGAUGCUAAAGACUGUGGUGGGUGCCACCAAGAUCGCCGCCCUGCAUUACCCUAACACGGCGGCUGUGCAGGAGAUGGUGGACCGUGUGACAGACCUCUCCCAUCAUGCACAGCAGUUCAAAGUGCAGAUCUUACAGAUGGCUGCGUUGUGAUGUUGUCAGUGUGGGAGUGUUUUAGCAGACUGUUUAUGUUGUAUAGUAAGAAGUAUUGAGCACAUUAAUGAAUUUGGGCUUUUGUAAAUAGGACAGUUCCGUUCUUUCUUGUAAAUAUUUAUCUCUAUUUUGGUUUAGAUUGGUUUUAUAUUAUAAGAAUGGUAGGAGCAAAUUGCUCUCUAGAGCAUUCAGCAUUUCAUUUUUAUGUAAUGAGCACCUUAGAUGUUGCCCUUAAAUUGUUCCUAUGACCUGGAGAGAAAAAGCUCCACUUCUGGACAUCACAUUAGGUCUUAACAUUUCCUGCAUCGUGUUGUGUCUGUUCUGCCAACAAAGUGAGUGUGAAAGUAAAAGACUCUUCCUCCCAGGACGAUUCCAAUUUUAAUGUUUGCAUGGUUUAAAAGACCAAACCCUUUGUGCCAGUAUUGGUGAAAAGCAUAAUGCAUUACUUGUACCAUUCUUGCUGUUUGUAUUGACAAAAGUAUAUGGACACCAAUCAGGAUGAUCAAGUUCAGAUAAGUGUUUAAAACUAUUUCUAUAAAAUAAAUUAUAUGUUUACAACUUUUGUGGUAAGAGGUCAUUUUCUGAUUCUGCAUGACAGUGCACAAAGACAGGUUUUUAAAGACAGACUUGGUGUACAGGAGAUGUAGUGGCCUGCACAAAGGCCUGAAUUAAAUAUCUUUGGGAUGAUUUGGAACGUCGAGUCAGGCCAUCUUCCACUUCCAACUUCAAUACCUAACCUAACAUCAUAACAUCUUAAAAAUCUUGUAAAGAGCCUUCCCUAAAAGAACAGCAAAAAAGGAUGGGCUCUAUACUAACAUUAAUGCUGUUAGACAAGCUCAAGGUCAGGUGUCCACAUACUUUUGACCAUAUAGUGUGUUGUCUGUGCUGUUGUUCAACACAUCGAAUAAUUGUGUAUAAUACAGGCUGAAAAAAGGAUGUGUUUCAGUAAAUAAAAUGAGAUUGGAUGUA